ACAAACAAACAAAAACACAACAACAAAAGCAGAAAACCAACAACAAAAAAAACCUGUGCACCAACACUAGACAACAAAAACACAUUAGGCCAUAUUUAUUAUGUGGAUGGAAAGAGAGAAUUCCUUCCUUCUUUCCCUCCUCCCUCCCUCCUUCCUUCUUUCCUUCCUUGAAAAACCUAAAUCCACUCAUCUUGCAAUAUUCUGCCUAGCUAUUAUCUCUGCUUUCAUAUUUUCUCACUGUUCAGACAUAGUGGUCUGACCUUCCUCAGUCUUAGUUGUGUCUUAGACAAGAAGAUGACCCUGACCUUUUCUUAGGUUCACUGGACCUUAUGUGUGUUAGAGCAGGUACGGACCAUUUUAUCUCUAAGGUCUAAAGUUGCUCUUAUCUUGGUAGAUUUGAUGAUGCUAAAGCAGAGAAAAAGGGAAUGGGUGGGUCUCCAAGAGGCCAAUGAACAGGCGUUAGUCAACAUCAUGAAAUGUUGCCUAUAACAAAUGACAGAAUGUAGGAUUCCUAAGUUUUGCAAUUUUAAAGCUUUUGUACCCAAUUAUUAUCCUCAAGAAAUAAAACAGCAGAGAGAUUUUGAAGCCUAUUCAGCAACUAUUUCAUGUUUCUUCCCUUCCUUAACUGUCUAGCUGAUGUGUUGGCAACAUGGACUUGGGAAAUCAAACAAGGGUUUCAGAAUUUUUACUCCUGGGAUUUUCCCAGGGCCUAGAGGAUCAACAGACGCUCUUCGCACUGUUUCUGUCUAUGUACCUGGUCACAGUGCUGGGGAACCUGCUCAUCAUCUUGGCCGUCAGCUCUGACUCCCACCUCCACACCCCCAUGUACUUCUUCCUCUCCAACCUGUCCUUGGCUGACAUCGGUUUCACCUCUACCACAGUCCCCAAGAUGCUGGUGAACAUCCAGGCGCAGAGCAAUGCCAUCAGCUAUGCAGGCUGCAUCUCUCAGAUGUAUUUUUUCAUGGUUUUUGGAGGCAUAGACACAUUUCUCCUCACCGUGAUGGCCCAUGACCGGUAUGUGGCCAUCUGUCACCCCCUGUACUACCCUGUCAUUAUGAACCCCCGCCUCUGUGGCCUGCUGGUUCUUGUGUCCUGGUUCCUCAGCUUGUCAUACUCCCUGAUCCAGAGUCUAUUGAUGCUGCGGGUGUCCUUCUGCACCACUUGGGUCAUUCGGCACUUUUACUGCGAGCUUGCUCAGGCCCUCACGCUUGCCUGCUCAGACACACACAUCAAUUACAUCCUGCUCUACGUGGUGACCGGCCUUCUGGGUUUUGUGCCCUUCUCAGGAAUCCUUUUCUCCUACACCCAAAUUGUCUCCUCCAUCCUGAGAAUCUCAUCCACAGAUGGGAAACACAAAGCCUUUUCUACCUGCGGAUCUCAUCUGUCUGUGGUUUCUUUAUUCUAUGGGACAGGCCUUGGUGUGUAUCUUAGUUCCAAUGCAUCGUCGUCUUCCUGGCGGGGCAUGGUGGCCUCGGUCAUGUACACUGUGGUCACCCCCAUGCUGAACCCCUUCAUCUAUUGCUUGCGAAACAGGGACAUCAAGAGGGCCCUAGAGAGACUGCUUGGGAAAAUGCUCUAUGCUCGAUGACGGGAAGAUUGGUCCUGGGUUUCUGAGUUGGCAGAGGUAGCAGCAGUGAGCUAAAGAAAUCUGGACCAGCCUG